AUGGCGGCUUGCAAUCACCCACACGACCCGGUCCAGACGAUCAUUGAAACUGCUACUGACCCGUUCGAAAAUUUCCCAGAUGACCUACUCGUCCUGAUAUUUCGCCACGUCAUGCAAGCCCCCGCCCUCGCGGUAUCACCCGCCUCUCUUGCCGACGAGCACGGGGACCCUUCUACCACCGCAUCGUCACCUUCCUCCGCCUCCCCCGCCGCGUCAUCCGCCGCCUCUCCCGUCGCCUCCCCCGCCGCUGCCUCCGCCGUUUCCUCCGCCGCCUCCUCCGCCGCUUCCGCCGCCCUCUCCGCCGCCUUCUCCGCCGCCUCCGCCAUCUCCUCGUCCCCACCCCCCGUCUGCCCGUUCUCCCUCGCGCUCGUGUCGUCGCGCUGGCUGCGCCUCGCGUAUCUCGCCGUGCCGUCCAUCGACCUAACGCAGCGCCGCGCGAUUCCCGCCUCGGAUCUCGCGCGGUCCGUCGCUCGCAUGCCGAAUCUCACCUCGCUUCACGUCGCAGUGGACCCGCCGGCUUCCCUCACAGACUCACUUCUAGCGACGAUCGCGCGCGCGUGUCCCGCGCUUGCAAAUCUGAUCCUGUCGCCUUUGGGCAGCCUCAGCAAUCUACGUGACCUGCAGCUGGUGGAGUGCACCGCUUUAUCCGCACUGCCCAAUGCAGUCGGGCAGCUGUUGAAAUUAUCUCAUUUCUGUGCCAUAGGGUGCGAGGAGCUAGUCACUCUGCCCAAUUCAUUCUGCCGGUGUUCUGCCCUUAACACCCUCGACCUCGCUCUGCCAAACCUUUCCAGGCUGCCCGACAAUUUCGGGCAGUUCCGCAGCCUCAAAUCUUUAAAUAUUUGUUCCUGCCAUGCUCUUGACGCCCUGCCCGCAUCCUUCACCCAGCUAUCCUCUCUCCAGCUGUUGGACCUCAGCGAAUGUUUUUUUCAGCUGCCCGAAGACUUGGGAAAUUUGACCAAUCUGAGAAGGCUGAUGGUCAGUGAUUGCAGUGAGCUCACUCGUCUGCCCGCCUCUCUGCCCCAGCUUUCCCUCCUCGAGUGUCUGCGAAUCAAUGGCUGCAGCCAGAUUCGUUCCCUGCCUGAGAAUAUCGGCCAGCUUUCAGCAGUUGAAGCGCUAUACCUGUGCAACCUGAGUGAUCUGCAGAGUCUGCCCGAGUCCAUCGGGGAGCUCCAGAAGCUUCAGUCACUUAGGCUACAUGGUUGCGACUCACUCCAAUCCCUGCCCGAGUCCUUCCCACUGCUUCCCUCUCUGCACACUCUUGAAAUCAGCAGCUGCGGCUCUCUCUCCUCUCUGCCCGAAAACUUCAGCUCCUUACAGCAUCUCCAACAGCUCAGCAUCAGCUACUGCCCGAGAAUUUCGCAGCUGCCCGCCAGCCUCACGCGCUGCCCGUCCUUGCAGCGGCUCUUCAUCCGCUGCUGCUCAGGCCUCACGUGCCUGCCUGAGGCCAUCGGUUCUACCCCUCGGCUUGUAGAGCUUGAUGUGGAUAGCUGCAGGGGCGUGCGCACUCUGCCCUUCUCCCUUGCUCAGCUGUGCGUGCCGCGCAAUGGGUCGGUGGCACGGGUGCGGAUUACUGGGUGCUGCCGGAAGGCAGAUGUGGAUUUGAUUCUUCAGGACGUGGUAGAUGAGGAGGGGUUGGAGGUGGUGGAGAGGAGGGCACGGAGGGAGGUACGGGAGCAUGUGGAAAGUAGUGAGGAAGAGGACGAGGAGGAGGAAGAGGAAGAGGACGAGGAUUAG